GUUCGCAGUUUGAAUCAGUUUGAAUUACGUCGUGGUCGCGGUCGGAGUUGACGAUAGGUUGGAAAGAACCGCGAAAACGCAACGCGGAGAUGGAUGAGGUUAACGAAACGGAAUCUGCAAAAACGACUGUUAACUACGACGGAGAAGUGGCUAGAAUUAACUGCAAAGACGACUUGACACCGUACUUCGAAGCCUGGGAUCACAGCGUUGACAAGGUUUAUUUGUCAGAGGUACCCGAAGUAUGCAAAAGGGAACCGUGUCAGCUGGGCAUCGACGAAGCUGGCCGUGGGCCAGUUCUCGGGCCCAUGGUCUACGGAGUGUCGUACGCGCCUUUGUCCGAGAAGCAGAUUCUCGUCGACAUCGGUUGCGCCGAUUCGAAAAGUUUGACCGAACAAAAGAGGGACGAGAUCUUCGAUAAAGUGUGCAAGGAACGCGAGAAGAUCGGUUGGGCCGUGGACGCGAUAUCUCCGAACACGAUCUCGAACAGCAUGUAUCGGCGCGCGAAGACGUCGCUGAACCAGGUGUCGAUGAAUUCCGCGAUCAACCUGGCGCAGAAAGUGAUCGAGAGCGGAGCGAGAAUAGCCGAGAUCUACGUGGACACGGUGGGUAAACCCGAGAAAUAUCAGUCGAUGCUGGAGAACAUUUUCCCGGGUAUAAAGAUCAAAGUGGAGAAGAAGGCCGAUUCGACGUAUCCCAUCGUCAGCGCGGCUAGUAUCUGUGCGAAGGUGUCCCGCGAUCACGCCAUAAGAGCCUGGCAGUUCCGCGAGGGAUCGAUAUCGAAUAAUUUCGGGAGCGGUUAUCCCACCGACCCGGUGACCAAGCAGUGGCUUCUGGAGAACGUGGAUCCCGUGUUCGGCUUUCCGACCGUCGUCAGGUUCAGUUGGUCUACCGCUGAAAUUGUUUUAGAGAAAAGAGCGUUGUCCGUCGAUUGGGACGAAGAGACGGAGAAGGAGAAGGGGACGCGAAAGAUCUCUAGUUUCUUCGCCAAAUCGCCGGACAAAUAUUCGCAAAUCUCGCCGCCGAGAAAGCGGCAUCGGUUUUUCAUCGACGGGUGCCUCUCCAAUCCUACCUCUUUUUAAGGAUGUAUUGGCUAAACAGUCAAUCCCAAAAGUUUAUGCACUUUAGAAACGCAUUUUUUAAAAAGAAA